AUGGCCAAAACGAUUAAUCGACGGCUGAAUGGCCGAGGUAAGCAGUAAAAUAGGGAAGAUACACGGAAUUAUGUACUAUGCUGUGUACAUGGGAAGCAAGCAGAGCGCUGCAAAAAUUGAGACAUUUGGCGGCCAGGGUUGACCUUCGCUGUCGAGUUUUGACAUUUCGUCUUGAGUUGGCGGAAAAAGCAAAGAAACCGCGCAAGUUGCACUCUCUCUCCCUAAUGCAGUCCCCGUUUCUUUUCCGGAAACUGUAUUUUUCGGUCAAGAUAUUCAACGGUGUUUAAUAAAAGUGGAGUGUCGGCCAAAAAUGAUAUUCAUUCGUGAUAGUCCGUUUGCAAAGCUGAUUUUUGUGACAAGAGUGCACGUUGAAUAUAGUGUUCUGAACGUACUAAUAACUUUUCCUCUUAUGCACGGUGAAAGUGAAUGACUUUUUAUAUAAAAGUUGCAGAAACCCCAAACAAAUCAUUACGUCAAUGCAAUUUUUUAGAUCUUGACAACAGCGCUGAAGAGCAACCGCUCUGCUACUCCAGCAACGAUGGACUGGCCUUAUAUGAAGUAAGCGUUCAAUAACUUUCCAAUUUUUUUACCUCUAUAAUUUUUUUGCCCUAUAUUCUAUCAAGUCAUCGCUUGUAGGACGAAUACAACACACAAGGGCAGAAGAUCGGGCAGAUGCUCCGCUCCUUGUCGCUAUAUCAAACCGAAGUUCAGGACGUGGAAACGGCGUCGAAUGCCCCAAAACAACCCAUCAAAAUGGGAACCCUAAUGGGAGUUUAUUUGCCAUGCAUGCAGAACAUUUUUGGAGUCCUGUUCUUCAUCCGACUGGCCUGGAUUGUUGGCACGGCCGGGAUCCUCGAGUCUCUUGGAGUUGUUGGGUUAUGUUGCUCAGUGGCAAGUUGGAUACGCUAACUGGUUUAGGGUGAUCUUUCAGACAUUUCUCACCUCAAUAUCUCUCUCGGCGAUCGCCACGAAUGGCGUGGUAUCGGGCGGUGGCCCUUAUUACAUGAUCUCCAGAAAUCUCGGGCCAGAGUUAGGCGGAGCCAUUGGGAUUUUGUUCUUCUUCGGCAAUACGGUCGCUGGCGCGAUGUACAUCACCGGAGGGGUCGAGAUUUUAUUGGUUUAUCUUUUCCCGCAACUGAAGUUGUUCGAGGAUAUGCCGAACAAUUUCCGCGUGUUUGGAUCUAUAUUUUUGCUGUCGAUUGGACUGGUUGUGUUGGCUGGAGUGAAGGUAAGAGAUUUGGGAAAUGAUAAGGCAAGGUUUGAGGCCAUAAAAAUGCAAAAAUCCGAAAAAUCAAUACUAAGUAGACGAAAUGUCAAAGACGAAAAAAUUGAUAAAAAACCACGGAAUGCCAAAAAUCAAAAUUUUUUUUGAAAAUUCUCGCUCUCAAGCAAAAAUCGAUACCAUGUGGACGGAAUGUCAAAAAUGUCAAAUUCGAAAAAAAUCUGUUCGAAACUGGCAGGACGCCUAAAACUUCAACCUUAGCGCCUAAUUUAAUAUUUAAAAUUGCUUUUUUUUAUCCAAGAAUCCGUAUUUUAGGUUGUGAACAAAUGCGCAUUGCCAGCCCUCUUCAUGGUCCUGGGUUGCAUUCUUUGCACAUUUAUCGGUGAAUUUGUCAAGUUCAACGGAACCGACUCGCUCAAAUACUGCAUGAUUGGCGAUCGCCCCGUAAAUUUGGUCGCCUUCGCUGAGAAGUUCCAUUAUACACCGGCCUGCUCGAUUGACGGCUUGAAGCCCGCGUUCUGCUCGAACAAUACGAAUUGCGAUCCGUACUUCAUGAAGGUCUUGCAGUCUCAUCCACAAAGCAUUGGACCCCAGCGCGCGAUUACCGGGUUCUCGUCGAAUGCCUGGAGGGAAAAUCUGUUCUCGAAAUAUCAGGAAGCGGGCCAAGUCUUGACUCGAGGCGAUCCUGUGAAAGAACCGAAAGCGGAGAAGGGAAGCUACUGGGUGUUUCACGACACAACGACCAGUUUUAUGGUGCUGGUUGGAGUGUACUUCCCAUCAGUCACUGGGAUUAUGGCCGGCUCAAAUCGGUCGGGAAAUCUCAGAGAUCCAGCGGUGGCUAUCCCCUUGGGCACGAUUGGUGCGCAACUGACCACGUCGAUUGCUUGUGAGUUGGUCGUAAAUAUUUUCGGGUUUUUUUUCAAACUAAUGUUAAAAAAAAUUUCAAAAAAAAAUUUUUUUUUAAUUUUGCUUUGCAAAAAAAAAUUGUUUCAAGUCACUAUAUGUGUAGUAGAACAUAAAUAGCAAUUUUACUUUCAGACAUUUUCGGCACAGCAUUUUUCGGAAUGACCGUCUCUGAGAUGUUUAUCCGCGAUAAGUACGGCGAAUCGGCGAUGGGCAAGAUGAUCGUCGCUGAGUUGGCUGUUCCUGUCCCUAUUGUCAUCCUGAUUGGUUGUCUUGCGUCCACGAUCGGCGCCGGAAUGCAAUCGUUGACUGGGGCGCCACGAAUUCUGCAGGUAGGCGUGUGGGGCUUGCAAAACGCAAUAUGAAAAAUAUCAGCUAAAAAUGGCCGUCACAAAUUGGCUUGCAACUAAAAUAGGCUUAUUAUUCCUGGCUCCAAAACUCAAUGUUUUCAGGCGAUCGCCUCCGACGAAGUGAUCCCCUUCCUUCGAAUGUUCAAGUCGACCGAUCGGCGCGGCGAGCCCUUGGUCGCAAUAUUAUUCACUCUCCUUAUUUGCGAAAUCGGAAUUCUCAUCGCGGUCCUAGAGUCUCUGACCGCUUUGAUCACCGAGUUCUUGCUCAUGUGCUAUCUUGGCGUCAACUUGUCCUGCGCAAUUCAGUCCAUAAUGAAGGCGCCGGGUUGGCGGCCCACUUUCAAGUACUUCCAUUGGACCUUAUCGUUGGCCGGCGCACUUCUCUGUUUGAUGAUCAUGUUCAUCAGCAGCUGGAAGUUUGCGAUCUUGGCGAUUGCAAUGGGCGUGACCGUCUACAAAUACAUUGAGCUAAAAGGCGCUGAAAAAGAGUGGGGCGAUGGAUUGCAAGGGCUGAAAUUAUCGGCCGCUCGAUAUGCGCUGUUGUCGGUCAGUCAGGGGCAAGAGCAUCAUUCGAGGAAUUGGCGGCCACAGUUGUUGGUGUUGUAUCCGCACAAGACGUUUUAUUGCGAGCAGGAGGAUCUGGAUGCGAGGAGGAGAAGGUUGCUGGGAUUUGUCAGCCAACUGAAAGCUGGAAAAGGGCUGACGAUGGUGACCGAUUGUAUUGAAGGAGUUUAUGGGCAAAAGGCAGAGGAGGCUUGUGUAAGUUUGGGGGCAUAAAAACUUUGUGGACCUAUUGUAAUUUCUAUGGGUCACUUUCCUGGAAAACAAUUGAUUUAAAUUGGCUUUGAAACUCUUAAACUUCCAGUCCGAACGUCAAGCCCUUCUCACCCAACUUCAAGCCCACAAAAUCAAAGGGUUUGCGGAGGUGAUCGUUGCCGAAAACUACAACGCCGGCGUCGACUCGCUUGUCCAAACCUCCGGACUCGGUGGCCUUCGACACAACACCGUCUGUGUUUGCUGGCCCAACAAAUGGACCUCCACUAAGUCCACGAACGAAGCCAACCGCUUCGUCAGCGUUUUACGCAGCAUUGCGACUGCGAAGUGCGCAAUUCUGGUCCCCAAAAACAUCCGCAACUUCCCCGAAUCGAGCGAGAAAUUGACCGGCACUGUGGAUGUCUGGUGGAUUGUGCAUGACGGCGGAAUGCUGAUGCUGCUGCCAUUUUUGCUGCAAAAACAUCGAACAUGGAGGAAUACGAAGCUGCGGCUGUUCACAAUCUCGACGUUGGGCGAUGACAGAGGAAAAAUGAAGGAUGAGUUGGAGAAGUUCUUGUACCAUCUGAGAAUUGAAGGGGAGAUUUUUGUCAUUGAUAUGGUAAGUUGGCAAUAAGUGAACUUCUCUAGGACUUUUUGGAGUACUUCUUGAAACACCCUGUAUUAUUUACAUUUACAAGCACCUCACCUACAUUUUUCAGCCGGAAGCGGCCAUCUCCGAGUACAUUUACGAGAAAACACUGCGAAUGGAGAAGCGCGUCAAAUUCCUGCGUGAGCUGCAAGCCCGUGAACGUCGCGUCUCCCCCGUCACCAUGGACGAAGUCGUCUUGGAAAAGCGUUUCAGCAACUUUGAACGAGUAAAAUUCACAAAUAUGAGUCCAAUUCAGACUAUCGAGUCUCCGCCGGGUUGUGUGGACAUUGAAGAGACAGAUGAAACGGGGGAGAAUCGCAAUGAAAUAGAUGGAAAUGGGCUGGGCACGCACAAAGGAAGCGUGGCUUCGAUUGAUGUGAGUUUGGGAGGUUGAAAACUGACAGGGCAAGUAUAAUACGUCCAACGCGACGCACUAAUUUCAUUGAAACUUAGUACAUAUUUAAACAGAGCUUUAUAAAGAUAUACGGGGCACGUCAAGAAAAAAUAUCAGUCUGUCGAUAUUAGAUUUUUUUAUCAGUCUGUCGGGAAAAUAAUGUGGAUUCGCCGGACCUUGGAGUAGCCCAUCAUGUUUGCGACGGCUAGCCGUAGAGAUUAGGUGCAAGACUGCAACGAGGAGAGACAUUUUUUGCGACAAAGCCACAUUAUUUUCACGACAAAAUGAUAAAGUGCUCAAGCAAAAAAAAUCUUGGCAUUCCGUUUCAACAAAAAAAAUGUUCCAGACCGAAAAGGUCGGUCGAUUUCUAAUGGAAAACUCGAUCAAACCGCUGAAGUUUUUGUAUAAAUGGGAAGCUCUUGUGUUAGCCUAGCUGGAUGUAAUCGAUUUUCUCUACAUUUUGUUGAGAUAAAGAUACCCGUUGAGCACUAAAAUUUGACGUAUUGGGUCUGUGGACCUUUAAAUUCAAAGCGUUUACAUGUUACAUAUAUUUGACUUUCCAGAGUUCUUACAUGAACGAUGAAAAGGCGAACUACUCGGCUCGACCGGAGAUUUAUAACGUCCGAAAAAUGCACACAGCCGUCCGGUUGAAUGAGAUGAUGAAAGAGCGGAGUAAUCAAGCUCAACUGAUUGUCGUCAAUUUGCCCGGACCUCCCGACCGAAACUUUGACACUUAUUGUGAGCUUUCUCAUAUUUUAUCAUCUACUUGUUGUUUCAACAACAGUUUUGAAAGCUUUCUUUUCAGAUAUGGAAUUCCUCGAAGCGCUGACCGAAGGGCUGAAUCGGGUGUUGUUGGUGCGUGGAACCGGCACCGAAGUGGUCACCAUAUACUCUUGA